AUCCUUUUGGUCCUUCAAUUCUGUUCCUCUUGUAGAGCAGGAAGGCAGGACACUUGGUCUGCAUUUUCUUGCCACUUGAAAAAUUUCAGCUCCUCCUCGAUUUCUCUCCUUUACUAGAAAGAUCGGCGGAAUGAUAUGGUAAAGUGGCCACUGGUUCUUAAUGAUGGUUUCUGCAUUUGGACUCGCAUGGCGGAGCCACGUCAUUCUUCGCCGUCCUCUAAUUUACUGUGUUCCGAAGGUGCAGUACAGCAGUUCUGUUGUGGCGGUUGGCUCAGUUGCGGAGCCAGUAACCGUUAUGGUGAAAGAUGAGAAAGAUGAGGUUGCAGUUAGGCGGAGAAGUAGAGUUGGUAAAGAUAACAAACAACCUGAAUGGAAGAAGUUCAGUUCUAAGGAACUCGGAAUUAAGAUGUCCUUGAUUUCGAAGCCUACGCGGUUGGUUCUGAGUCGCCUCAGGAAGAAAGGAUAUGAAGUAUAUCUUGUUGGAGGCUGUGUGCGUGAUCUUAUCCUGAAGAAAACUCCCAAAGAUUUUGACAUUAUAACUUCAGCAGAACUUAAGGAGAUAAAGCAAACGUUUAUCCACUGUGAAAUUGUUGGAAAAAGAUUUCCCAUUUGUCAUGUUCAUGUUAACGAUACCAUUGUGGAGGUUUCGAGCUUUAGCACUUGCAAUAGCAAGUCUGUUAAGAAGUUCGAUAAUAAUUUCAGUAAACAUCCUGGAUGUAGUAGAGAUGAUUAUAUUCGUUGGAGAAAUUGUAUACAACGGGACUUCACCAUUAAUGGGUUGAUGUUUGAUCCAUAUACAAAGAUAGUUUACGACUAUAUGGGGGGGAUGGAAGAUAUUAGAAAAGCUAAAAUGCAUACUGUGAAACCUGCAAAUCUUUCUUUUGUUGAGGACCGUGCUCGCAUUUUACGUGCUGUUAGAAUUGCUGCCCGCUUGGGAUUUCGUUUCAGUAGAGAUAUAGCUCUUUCUGUAAGAGAAUUGUCUGGCUCUGUGUUGAGACUUGACAAGGGAAGAAUUCUCAUGGAAAUGAAUUAUAUGCUGGCAUUUGGGUCUGCAGAGGCUUCUUUGAGGUUAUUAUGGAGGUUUGGGCUCCUUGAAAUACUUCUUCCCAUCCAGGCAUCAUAUUUUGUUUCCCAAGGGUUUCGAAGACGUGAUGAGAGAUCUAACAUGCUUCUCUCCUUGUUUACCAACCUUGAUAAACUUGUGGCACCUAAUCUACCAUGUCAUAGUAGUUUAUGGAUUGCCAUCUUGGCUUUUCAUAAAGCUCUAGCUGACCAGCCUCGGGAUCCAUUGGUUGUAGCUGCAUUUAGCCUUGCAGUCCAUAGUGGCGGAUCAUUAUUGGAAGCUGUACAAAUUUCAAUGAACAUCACACGACCACAUGACUCAAGGUUUCAUGAGUUAUUAGAAUAUGGGGAUGUGCUCUCACAAGAUGCUUUGAUUGAUCAAGUUGUGGAUCUUGCUGCAUCAGCCAAAGCUGCAUUGUGCAAGAUGACAGAUCGUUACUAUGUUUCCCAAGCAAUGAUCAAAUACCCAAAAGCGCCACGCUCAGACCUUGUUUUUAUUUCACUGGCAUUAUCGUUGAGGGUGUGCAAGAUUUUCGAAUGCAUCGGAAGAGGAAUGGGGAAGGAAACUGUGCCAAGAAGAGGAGAAAAGAUCAAUUAUGAGUCAUUGGCAUUGGGCAACUUGCCGGAGGUUCGACAUACGUUUGCAAGGAUUGUAUUUGAUACUGUGUACCCGCCCAAUCUGAAAAGAGACAGCACUUGAAACUAAAUGAUAAUUUCUUCUUAUUGGCCUUACGGUUCUUUUCCUUUGUACUCAAUGAAGAAAAAUAAAUAAUACAAUAAAAUUGAAAAAAAAAAAAAAAAAAAAGCGUUUGUACCGUGGUGUGGCUGAUGUUUCCCGACCAUGGAAAUUGAGGGGCUACCAAAAUUAGUGACACUUGUUUGUUGGGAGUUGGGACUUUGUCCCUUUUUAAGCUUUUAAUAUUCUGCUACUAAAA